UGCCAUCCCGCUUCCUUAAAUAGAGCAGUUUCUCUUCUAGGUCCAACCUUAGCCUGAGACCCCAUGCCGACUCGUUCUUUGGGUGUGGAUCUGGACGGUUUAUGAUGCCUUAUAAAAACAAGACACCCAUGGUGCUUUGGUGUAUUUCAUUUGUGGGAUUUCUACUCCCACAUUGUUUUGCCCACACAGACUUCUUCACGUCAAUUGGUCACAUGACCGAUCUGAUUAACACAGAGAAAGACCUGGUGACUUCACUGAAGGACUAUAUUAAGGCGGAAGAGAGCAAGUUGGAACAAGUCAAAAAGUGGGCCGAGAAGUUAGACCUGCUAACUAGCACGGCUACUAAGGACCCAGAGGGAUUCCUGGGGCACCCUGUGAAUGCGUUCAAGCUAAUGAAACGACUCAAUACCGAGUGGGGGGAGCUGGAGAAUCUGGUCCUUAAAGACAUGUCGGACGGAUUCAUCUCCAACCUGACCAUUCAGAGACAGUAUUUCCCAAAUGAUGAAGAUCAGACUGGGGCAGCCAAAGCGUUGCUCCGACUCCAGGACACUUACAAUUUGGAUACAGAUACCAUCUCAAAGGGUAAUCUUCCAGGUGUAGUCCACAAGUCUUUUCUAACAGCCGAAGACUGCUUUGAGUUGGGCAAGAUAGCUUAUACUGAAGCAGAUUAUUACCAUACGGAACUGUGGAUGGAGCAAGCUCUAAGGCAGCUGGAUGACGGAGAGGCGUCGACCGUCGACAAAGUCUCUAUUCUAGAUUAUCUGAGCUAUGCUGUGUACCAACAAGGGGAUGUGGACAAAGCAUUAAUGCUCACCAAGAGGCUUCUUGAACUGGACGCUGAGCAUCAGAGAGCCAAUGGUAACCUGAAGUAUUUUGAGUAUAUAAUGGCUAAAGAAAAAGAUGCCAAUAAAUCCACCCCGCAAACUUCAAAUGACCAGCCCGAGCAAGAAACCACUCCUAAGAAAAAGGGGCGGGCCAAGGAUUACCUGCCAGAAAGGCGGAAAUAUGAAAUGCUGUGCCGAGGGGAAGGUAUCAAAAUGACUCCGAGGAGACAGAAGAGACUCUUUUGCCGCUAUCAUGAUGGAAACCGAAAUCCCAAAUUUAUUCUGGCUCCUGCCAAACAAGAGGAUGAGUGGGACAAACCUCGCAUUGUUCGUUACCAUGAAAUAAUUUCUGAUGCAGAAAUAGAAACGGUCAAAGAUCUAGCAAAGCCGAGGCUGAGCCGGGCUACAGUACAUGACCCUGAGACUGGAAAACUGACCACAGCGCAGUACAGAGUCUCAAAGAGUGCCUGGCUGUCUGGAUAUGAAGACCCUGUAGUGUCACGGAUUAAUAUGCGAAUUCAAGACCUUACAGGACUCGAUGUUUCCACAGCAGAGGAACUGCAGGUGGCAAAUUAUGGAGUGGGAGGCCAGUAUGAACCCCACUUUGACUUUGCACGGAAAGAUGAACCAGAUGCUUUUAAAGAACUGGGGACAGGCAAUAGAAUCGCUACGUGGCUGUUCUAUAUGAGUGAUGUGUCAGCAGGGGGAGCUACUGUAUUUCCUGAAGUAGGAGCUAGUGUGUGGCCUAAAAAGGGAACGGCUGUAUUCUGGUACAAUCUAUUUGCAAGUGGAGAAGGAGAUUAUAGCACAAGGCAUGCAGCCUGUCCAGUGUUAGUUGGAAACAAAUGGGUAUCCAACAAGUGGAUCCAUGAGCGUGGGCAGGAAUUCCGAAGACCGUGCACUUUAUCAGAGUUGGAAUGAUACAGGCCAACUUCCGAAUCCCAUACUCUUCACCCCAUACUCAAAUCUGUGUACCCACUUUCCAAAUUUAGUUUCCUACCGUUUACAAUUGACUAACACUCCACUAUGGAUUCAGUCUCAAACUACAUCCAGUGUUUCAACUGUGGACCUGCAUCGUAUGCGCGUGUGUGUGUAUGUGGGGGGGCGGGGUGUGUGUGUGUGUCUUGGCUUUUUAAAAUAACACUACAAAUCAAUGCAUAACGAAUAAAUUGAAAAACUGUUGAUCUAUGGGCUUCAAAAGAUGGGAGGACAAAAGGAAGAAUUAGACCUAAGAGGGAUGAUCUUGUGAUUCUUACGUGUUAUCUUGAUUCAGCACGAAAGCCGCUGUGAAUCGAAGUGGUGUAUUACUGCAUUUCAGUCUGGCUGGGGGAUUAAUCAUGAACGGAAUAUGAGCAGACUGCUCGAGAGGAGUAUCAUGUUAACUCAAUCCUAAAUUCCUCCAUCCCCUUAACUCCUGGGUGCAUGAGUUCUUUCUAGGAAAACUGCUCACCAUCAUGGUACAGGAUGUUACCUUUGUACCGUAUAUUUCUUCAAAAAUACUGAGACUUCACCAGAUUCCCUCCUGGGAUGUACCUUAUACACUGCACUUGGACCUAAAUCUUGUUAUGUAGAAACACUUGUAAUGAGGACUGGGGUCCUGUGCCCUAAAAUCUUGACUUGCCUCCCCAUGACCCCAGAUCCCAUCACAUUAAGUUGCUUUCCCACUAAUUCUUUGGGAAAAUGUUGCCCAUUUGAAAAAUUGCUGCGUUUCUUACAUCAGGGCUAAUGCCCGCUUAUUAUUCCUGCCACAGCUGGGUGGUAUCAUUUAGUUUCUUUGAAGAAAUAGUGUUGUGCCUUAGGAGACUGGAAAAAUAAGUACCACAAGACCUUCAGUAGUGAGAUAAUUGGUGAACAAUCGAUGAACAAUUUUUAUUCUUGAGAGGCUCAAUAAGUUUGCCUUUUCAACUCUGAAAUGUGUUUUGUGACAAUGGCCUAUUUAUAAUCUUAAAUCCUUUUUUAAAAUAUGUUUGUGUGUGUCUGUUUUAUUUUUGGAUACUUUUAACACUGAAUGACUUCCAUAGCAGUGCCUAGGCACAAACCAACUUAUGUUGUAAAUCCUAAAAGUCUGAUUUUUGUCUUUUCACAACUUGCCUUAGAAGGAAACUAAUCCAAUUGGAUUUUGAAAAUUGUUACUCAUACUGAAGUAAGUGAAAUGAACUCAAGUUUCCCAGAAACUUGAAUGCAGUUCUUAGGCAUCCAAACACUGCAGUUUUUGCAAACAUUAUUACAGGCAUGGAACCUAAGUAUCUUACAUUAACAGUGUUUAAACCUAGUAAGGGAGGAACAGGAUUCUGAGGUAGUUUAUGUUUUAAAUUGGGGUUUAACCGUUCUUUGACAAUAUCCUAAAUUUUGAGGGGGCUUAAUCUAGUAAAAUUAACCCCUCAUGCUCUUUUCCCCUUUUUUUCUUUCUCCUCCCCUCUUCUCCUAUCUCCCCCACC